AUCACCCCCACCCCCACCCAUUCACCCAGCUAUUGAAAAAAAAAUAAAAAAGAGGGAGUGAGCGUCACUGAGCGUACAAGAGCUAGUUAGUGAGGGGGAGGGGCUGCUGCGAGCGAAUGGAGAGGGAGAGAGCGAAGGGGAGAAUAGCUGACAGGGCUAGCAGGAGCAGGCUGGGGCUCGACACACACACACACGCACACACGCACAGGAAGGGAAGAAAACAGUGAAGAGAACAGGGAAUUUUGCUGCGCUUCACAAAGACAAGUCCUGUGCCAUUGUGCUGUCUUCCCUCGCCCAUCGGGAAGAAAGUUUCCCGAGCGUAUUCCCCUAGCUCAUGUUGUCUCUGAGCGGGAUGAGGGACUCUGUGGACUGGCUGGCGAACACGCGCCUGGAUGGAAUACCGCUGUAAGGAUCCUCCGGCUCUACUCCGUCCGCGUCUCUCUAGUCCUCUGCUGUCCACUCAACCCAGCCAACAGCUUGACAGCCAACAGCUUGACACUUGUCCAUGGUCCUGUCUGCUCACAGCGGCUGACCGGUGGGGUGCUUGGUCUUUCACGAUGGCGCCUAUAUCCAGCUCCUCUGGAGGGUAAAACUCAGGCUGCUGUCUGUCAGGGGGAGAGCUGCAUUUGUGGGUGGGCGGGUGGUGUGUUUUGGGGGGAGAAAUUGUGUAUGUGUUUCUGGUCGAUUGAGGUCAAAGUUUGCAGCUGUCAUUUUUUGGGGGACCCCGCUGGCAGGACUGGCCCGUGAAACCGCUGCCUUCUGUGAACAUCCUCAGUGGCGUCAUGCUGAGCCUGCAGGAUUCGCUCUUCUUUGAGAUCAGCAUCAAGUCUCUGCUGAAGUCGUGGAGCGGCAGCUCCUCGGCCCCAGUAAACAGCGUGAGUAGACGCCGCGCCCCCUCUGUGGCCCCCCAGUUGUGGGAGAAGCGCAACGCCACCGCCAUGUCGAGCAUCACCAUAGACCCUGAGCUCAAGCCCGGGGAGUUUGUCAUCAAGAGCCUGUUUGCGGAGUUUGCCGUGCUGGCAGAGAAGAAGAUUGAGGUGGUGAUGGCCGAACCGCUAGAGAAACCCUUAUCACGGUCCCUUCAGAGAGGGGAAGAUGCCCAGUUUGAUCAGUUAAUAAGCUCUAUGAGCUCCGUAGCGGAACACUGUUUGCCCUCCCUGCUGCGAACACUAUUUGACUGGUAUCGGCGGCAGAGCGGCACUGAGGAUGAGUCCUAUGAGUACAGGCCUCGCUCCAGCACCAAGUCCAAAGGGGAUGAACAGCAUCGGGACAAAGACUACCUGUUGGAGCGGAGGGACUUAGCCAUAGAUUUCAUAUUCUGUUUAGUUUCAGUAGAAGUGUUAAAACAGAUUCCUCUUCAUCCCGUGCCAGAUGUUUUAGUACAUGAAGUUCUGAACCUGGCAUUCAAGCACUUUAAACACAAAGAGGGGUACUCUGGCCCCAACACUGGCAAUGUACACAUCAUUGCUGACCUGUAUGCUGAAGUCAUUGGAGUGCUCACACAGUCAAAGUUCCAGGCGGUGCGUAAGAAGUUCAUCACAGAGCUGAAGGAGCUGAGGCAGAAGGAGCAGAGCCCCUAUGUGGUCCAGAGCAUCAUCAGCCUCAUCAUGGGCAUGAAGUUCUUCAGGGUCAAGAUGUACCCAGUGGAGGACUUUGAGGCCUCCUUCCAGUUCAUGCAGGAGUGUGCGCAGUACUUCCUGGAGGUGAAGGAUAAGGAUGUAAAGCAUGCCCUGGCUGGCCUGUUUGUGGAGAUCCUUAUCCCUGUUGCAGCUGCAGUGAAGAAUGAAGUCAACGUGCCGUGCCUCAAGAACUUUGUUGAGAUGCUCUACCAGACGACCUUUGACCUUAGCUCCAGAAAGAAGCACUCCUUGGCACUGUAUCCUCUGGUGACGUGUCUGCUGUGUGUCAGUCAGAAGCAGUUCUUCCUCAAUAACUGGCACAUCUUCCUCACAAACUGCCUCUCUCAUCUGAAGAUGCCGUCUAACAACAGCAUCAGAAAGCAGAUUGAGACGCUGCAGAACAAAGAUCCCAAGAUGUCCCGUGUGGCGCUGGAGUCGCUCUACAGACUGCUGUGGGUCUACAUCAUCAGAAUCAAGUGUGAGAGUAAUACGGUCACACAGAGCCGGCUGCUCAGCAUUGUUUCAGCACUUUUCCCCAAAGGUUCCCGCAGUGUGGUGCCGAGGGAUACGCCCCUCAACAUCUUCGUCAAGAUCAUCCAGUUCAUAGCUCAGGAAAGGCUGGACUUUGCUAUGAAGGAGAUCAUUUACGACCUCCUUUGUGUUGGGAAAUCUCACAAGACCUUCACCAUCAACCCAGAGAGGAUGAAUAUCGGCCUCAGGGCCUUCCUGGUCAUAGCUGACAGUUUGCAGCAGAAGGACGGGGAGCCUCCAAUGCCAACCACAGGGGUCAUCAUGCCUUCAGGAAACACCCUGCGCGUCAAGAAGAUCUUCCUGGCCACCACCCUCACUGACGAGGAGGCCAAGGUCAUCGGCAUGUCACUAUACUACCCUGCCGUGAGGAAGGCCUUGGACAACAUCCUACGUCACCUAGACAAGGAGGUGGGCCGUUCCAUGAGCAUGACCAGCGUCCAGAUGUCCAACAAGGAACCUGAGGACAUGAUCACGGGGGAGAGGAAGCCAAAGAUCGACCUGUUUCGUACGUGUGUGGCAGCCAUCCCCAGACUGAUCCCAGACGGCAUGAGCCGACAAGACCUCAUUGAGCUGCUGGCCAAGCUGACCAUCCACAUGGAUGAGGAGCUGCGCGGCCUGGCCUUCACCACCCUGCAGGCCCUGAUGGUGGACUUCCCAGAGUGGAGGGAGGACGUGCUCUCCGGCUUUGUCUACUUUGUUGUGCGUGAGGUCACCGACGUCCAUCCCACGCUGUUGGACAAUGCUGUCAAGAUGCUGCUGCAGCUCAUCAGCCAGUGGAGGCAGGCCGUCCAGACCAGCAACAAGAGCCACGAGGCCCAGCAGGGCCCUGGCAGCGGUACGCCUCUCCCCCUGGAACGCUCUCCUCUGUGGGGGGUGCUGCAUGUGGUGGAGGGCCUGGCUCUGGUGGUGCUGUGCAGCUGCCGCCCCGCCACCCGCAGGCUGGCCGUUAACGUCCUCAAAGAGGUCCGAGCCCUGCACACCGCUUUGGGAAUCGCCAAGGGAGACGAGGAAUUGGCCAUAGAUGUUAUGGACAGAGUCAGUGCGUCUGUGCUGGAGAGCUUCAUCCACCUGACUGGAGCUGACCAGACCAACCUCCUUUACUGUCCCAGCGGUAUUGACCUGCAGACGCUGGCAGAAUGGAGCUCGUCUCCUAUCAGCCACCAGUUCGACGUGGUCAGCCCGUCGCACAUCUGGGUGUUUGCCCAUGUGACGCAAGGUCAGGACCCCUGGGCCAUAAGCCUGUCCAGCUACCUGCGCCAGGAGCACCUGCCCAAGCAUUGCCCCACCGCGGUCAGCUAUGCCUGGAUGUUUGCCUACACACGCCUCCAGUUGCUGUCUCCACAAGUGGACAUCAACAGCCCUAUAAAUGCCAAGAAGGUGAACAGCCUGAGCAGCAGUAGUGACUCAUACGUGGGGCUAUGGAGGAACUACCUUAUCCUCUGUUGCAGCUCCGCCACCUCCUCCCCCAACUCCUCCUCAUCCUCCACCUCCGGCUCCGUCCGCUGCUCCCCGCCUGAGACGCUGGCGUCCACGCCGGACAGUGGCUACAGCUAUGACUCAAAGAUUAUUGGCACUCCGUCCCCCUCAUCCCUGUUCAAACACGUCGUCCCGAUGAUGCGCUCUGAGAGCAUGGACAUAACAGAGUCUCUCGUCCUGGGUCUUGGCCGGACCAACCCCGUGGCCUUCAGAGAGUUAAUAGAGGAGCUGAACCUCAUCAUUAAGGAGGCUCUGGAGAGGAGGCCGGAGAACAUGAAGCGACGCAGGCGCCGUGACAUCCUCAGGGUCCAGCUGGUCCGGAUCUUUGAGCUGCUGGCGGAUGCUGGAGUCAUCAGUCAGACUACGAGUGGCGGUCUGGAUGGGGAGAGUCACUCUCUGAACUCUACCCUGUUGGAGUAUGUGGAUCUGACCAGACAGCUGCUGGAGGCCGAAAAUGACAAAGACUCAGACACACUGAAGGACAUCCGCUGCCACUUCAGCGCCUUGGUGGCCAAUAUCAUCCAGAACGUCCCAGUUCACCAGAGGAGGACCAUCUUCCCCCAGCAGUCUCUGAGACACAGUCUGUUCAUGUUGUUCAGCCACUGGGCCGGGCCGUUCAGCAUCAUGUUCACCCCGCUGGAUCGCUACAGCGACCGCAACAUGCAGAUCAACCGGCACCAGUACUGUGCACUCAAGGCCAUGUCUGCUGUGUUGUGCUGCGGUCCAGUUGCUGACAACGUGGGCCUCUCCUCAGAUGGCUACCUUUACAAGUGGCUGGACAACAUCCUGGACUCCCAGGACAGGAAGGUGCACCAGUUGGGCUGUGAGGCUGUGAUGCUGCUGUUGGAGCUGAAUCCAGACCAGAGUAACCUGAUGUUCUGGGCCGUGGACCGCUGCUACACUGGGUCACGGCGCGUGGCGGCCGGUUGCUUCAGGGCCAUCGCCAACGUCUUUCACAACAGGGAUUACCAGUUUGACACUGUGGUGCUGCUCAACCUAAUCCUGUUCAAGGCAGCUGAUUCGUCCAGAGAUAUCUAUGAGGUGGCCAUGCAGCUGUUGCAGAUCUUGGAGCCCAAGCUCUUCCGUUACGCUCAUAAACUAGAGAUCCAGAGAACAGAUGGGAUUCUGACCCCUCCCUCUCCCCUGCCUCACCUCUACUCCGUCUCCUACUACCAGUUGUCUGAGGAGCUGGCCCGGACCUACCCGGAGCUCACCAUGCCCAUUUUCUCAGAGGUAAGCCAGCGCAUCCAGACAGCGCACCCUGGUGGUCGCCAGGUGAUGCUUCACUACCUCUUGCCGUGGAUGAACAACGUGGAGCUGGUGGACUUUAAGCCUUCGCCUCGGAGACAGGAGGAGGCGCCCAUGGGUGAGGAGGAGGAGGAUGCCCGGGAGCGUGACUUGAUGAUGGUCAACAGCCGCCGCUGGCUCCGAGGGGAGGGCUGGGGCUCCCCGCACGCCACAACCAUGGUGCUCAACAACCUCAUGUUUAUGACUGCCAAGUAUGGGGAUGAGUUUGCCUGGUCAGAGAUAGAGAAUGUGUGGACCACCCUCGCAGACAGCUGGCCAAAGAACCUCAAGAUCAUCCUGCACUUCCUGAUCAGCAUGUCAGGGGUUAACAGUGAGCCCAGCCUCCUGCCCUAUGUGAAGCGGGUGGUGGUGUACCUGGGCAGAGAUAAGACUAUGCAGCUUCUGGAAGAGCUGAUGUUUGAACUGGACCUGACAGACCCAGUGAGCUCGGCUGUCACUCAUAUGGACAACCCCCCCUACUACCGCAUCACCUCCAGCUACAAGAUCCCCUCGGUCACCUCAGCAGCUCCUAGAUGCCUUUCCCGGUCUCUGUCCACAGGAACCACCUCCAGCAGUAACACCAUGGUGCCGGGAGCAGAAGGUCACCAUGACACCAGCAAGAACAAAGACCCCAACAUGGAUGACAGUUAUGUCCAUCUGGACAUCUACAGCGGUCUGAACAGUAACCUGAACCGCCAGCACCACCGCCUGGAGUCUCGCUACAGCAGCAGCUCUGGAGGAUCCUACGAGGAGGAGAAGAGUGAUUCUAUGCCGCUGUACGCUAACUGGCGUCUGAAGGUGAUGGACCACAACCGUCCAGAGCCACUCCCCUUCCCGCCCACAGGGGGCUGCUGGUCCCCUCUGGUGGAUUACCUGCCAGAGACUAAUACCCCCGGAGUACCCCUCCACAGGUGCAACAUCGCUGUGAUCCUACUGACUGACCUCAUAGUGGACCACGGGGUCAAGGUGGAGUGGAGUGCCUACAUUCACCUCCUGCUGCACUCCAUCUUCAUAGGGUUUGACCACCAGCAUCCCGAGGUCUAUGAGCACUGUAAACGCCUGCUGCUUCACCUGCUUGUGGUCCAGGGAACCAACAGCAGCGUCCAAUCCCUGGCCUCCGUGCUACUGCGCAACCGGGAGUACAACGACCCCAAGGUGCUGACUGUGAAGCCAACGCCCCACCAGUUCAACCUCACAGGAGUGUGUGACUUUGUGCCAGACUACCAGCCGUCUCCCAUGACAGACUCAGGCCUGAGCUCCAGCUCGACAUCGUCCAGCAUCAGCCUGGGAGCCGGAGGAACGCCCCUGCCUCACCUCACCCCUGCCCUGAUCAAUGAGGUGGAUGUCACCGCCGAGCAGGACGAGAAGGUCAAAGCCCUCAUUGAGUUUGUCACUUCCAGGAAGCGGGGUCCCCUGUGGAACCACGAGGAUGUGUCACCCAAGAACCCCCACAUAAAGAGUGCUGACCAGCUCAGCGUGUUCCUCAGACAUGUAGUGACUGUCUUCAAACAGUCCGAGUCAGGUUUCCAGCUGGACCAGUUGCUCAGUGAGGUCGCCCUGCAGACGGCCUUGUCCUGCUCCUCUCGGCACUAUGCAGGCCGAUCCUUCCAGAUCUUCAGGGCACUCAAACAACCUCUGACAGCUGCCACUCUUUCUGCUGUCCUGUCACGCCUUGUAGAGACAGUGGGAGAUCCUGGAGAGGAAGCACAGGGUUUUGUUAUCGAGCUGCUGCUGACUUUGGAGUCAGGGAUCGACACGCUCGCUGACACCGUGAAGAACUAUGACCUUCUCAUCGCCUUGGCACAGGCCUCUGCUCCUGAGCACUCGCUGGGGGCUAAGUUUGCAGCCAAUAGGAAGAGCACGGGCCAGCUGAACCUGAGCAGUGGGGGUCUGUUCCUCCCGGGCCACUACCCGCAUGGCCACGCCCGCAGCAACUCCCUCCGCGCCAGCCUCAUGGGCGAGCGCAAGGGCGACCGCCGCCGCAGCAACACCCUGGACGUCGCCGACCGCCUCUGUGGUAGCCACGGCAACCUGGCCCGAACGCGGAGCUUGUCGUCUUUGCGGGAGGGCGGAGGGGGUGGGCCCGGCAGGGAGGCCACCCCUCCGGUGGACCCGUCCAACCUGAUGGCCACGGUGUUCUGGAUAGCCACCUCCCUCCUGGAGUCGGACUACGAGUUUGAGUACCUGCUGGCCCUGCGGCUGCUCAACAAGCUACUGGGCCAGCUUCCCCUGGAGAAGGCCGACAGCAGGGAGAGGCUGGAGAGGGUGCAAGCCAAGCUGAAGUGGUACAGCUUCCCCGGCCUGCUGCAGCUGUUCCUCAAGGGCUUCACCUCAACGUCCACCCAGGAGCUCACCAUCCACCUGCUCAGCAAGCUCAUCAGCGUCUCCCGACACACUCUGGUCGACCCCUCCCAGGUGGCAGGUAAGAGAGCAGGAUUCCCUCUGAACAUCCUGUGCCUGCUGCCUCACCUCAUCCAGCACUUUGACAACCCUACACCGUUCUGCAAGGAGACGGCUGACAAGAUAGCCAAGGUGUGUGCCGAGGAGAAGACGUCCACGCUGUCCAACAAGUCAGCCACGCUGUCUAACCUGGCACAUAUGAUGACCCUGUACAGCACUCACAGCUACUCCAGAGACUACAGCAACUGGAUCAACGUGGUGUGUCGCUACCUACACGACGCCUUCCCUGAGAUCACCUUCAAUCUGGUCACCUACCUGGCCGAGUUGCUUGAGAAAGGCCUACCCAGCAUGCAGCAGUCCCUGCUACAGAUCAUCUACAGCCUGUUGAGUCACAUUGACCUUUCAGCUGCGCCGGUCAAACAGUUCAACCUGGAGAUCAUGAAGAUCAUUGGCAAAUACAUCCAGAGCCCGUACUGGAAGGAGGCCCAGAACAUCCUGAAGCUGGUGGUGUCUCGGUCGGCCAGCCUGGUGGUGCCAGAUGAGAUGCAGCGCUCCUAUAGCACCGAGUCCUCAGGGUCCCCAGAGAUCGCCUUCACUCGGAUAUUCAACAACUCCUCUAAGGAGCUGCCCGGCAAGACGCUGGACUUCCACUUUGACAUCUCAGAGACGCCCAUCAUAGGGCAUAAGUAUGGGGACCAGCGCACAGCUGCGGGGCGGAAUGGGAAGCCGCAGGUCAUCGCUGUGACACGAAGCACGUCUUCCACAUCCUCUGGAUCCAACUCCAAUGGCCUGGUGCCUGUCAGCUGGAAGAGGCCUCAGCUCUCCCAGAGGAGAACUAGAGAGAAGCUCAUGAAUGUUCUCUCUCUGUGCGGUGCCGAGUCGGGCAUUCCCAAGAAUCCUUCUGUAAGACACCCUGCAUGUCAAACUGUGGUGUUCUCGUCCAACGAGGACCUGGACUCAGGCGACCAGCAGACCAGUCUGAUCCCCACAGUGGAGGAGGCGGUAAGGGAAGAGGAGGUUCAAGGGGAGGACGCAGGAAGUGAGCAGCAGUUUGGGGUCUUCAAGGACUUUGACUUCCUGGAUGUGGAGCUGGAGGACGCAGAGGAGCUGCAGGGCGAGAGCAUGGACAACUUCAACUGGGGCGUGCGUCGGCGCUCCCUGGACAGCAUGGACAAGGGGGAAGGAGACGGGGACACGCCGUCCCUGCAGGAGUGUCAGUACGCGGGCAGCACGCCCAGCCUCAACCUCACCAACCAGGAGGACACGGACGAGUCGUCUGAGGAGGAGGUACUGACCGCUAGCCAGAUUCUCACCCGCUCUGGCCUCAUGAACAGUGACUCAGCUACGGACGACGCCACGUCCAACCACGUGGACUCUCUGCAGCAGUCCCAGGAGUCAUCCUGCAGUGGUCUGACGGAAGAGACCACCGCCCUGCUGCCCCGCGUGGACAGCCCCGCCCUGGAGAUGCCCCGCUCCGACUCCCUCAGCAGCCAGCUGCCUGAGGACGGGGUUAGCAUGACGGCAGCGGACGAGCUGAGCAGCAGUGUGAGCACAGACACGGGGUUUGGCAGCAGUGCCCCCCCUCUGCCCCCGGACCCCCCGGAGUUGUACGAUCUCACGGACACGCAGGACCCCCACGACCAACUUGACCCGGCCCCCCCUCCCCCUCCGGCCAUAGACACCCCGCCGGGAUCCCUCUGUGAGGAGGGGGACUCCCUCACGGUCCUGCCCCCCCUCCCAGACAGCCCCUGUGGCUCCGUGUGCGAGGAGGAUGUGACGCUGGCACUGAAGGAGCUGGAUGAACGCUGUGAGGAGGAGGAGGCGGACUUCUCGGAUAUGUCCAGUUCACACUUGCAUGUGGAGAAGAGGAAUCUGGGGGUUGUAAGCGAGAAGCCGGAGUGUUGCUGGCAUGAAUAUUUCAGUCAAGACGAGGGGGAUCAGGAUGGUUAUCCCGAGAUCAAGGCCUCCCCACCCCCCUCUCCCUUCCUCUCCGCCAUCCUGGCAGCUUUCCAGCCUGUCGCCUAUGACAACGAGGAGGAUGCCUGGCGUUGCCAUGUCAACCAGAUGUUGUCUGACACGGAUGGGUCCUCUGCUGUGUACACCUUCCACGUGUUCUCCCGACUGUUUAAGAGCAUGCAUCGGAAGUUUUCCACCAUCACCCACUCGUCGGUUCGUUUCCUUGGAGAAAGGCUGCAGCGAAUGGGGAACCAGUUCCUUAGUUCCCUGGAGGUCAUGACCUCUCACUCUCAGUGCCCCACGGUGCUGCUGGACGCUGAAACACUGGUGUCAUGUGGGCUCCUGGAGACUCUGAAGUUCAGCGUGCUGGAGUUGCAGGAACACCUGGACACGUACAACGGGAAGAGGGAGGCAGCCGAGGAGUGGUUAGAGAACUGCAGGAAGACGUUUGGCGACAAGGACGACAACCAGCGCCCCAACACUCAGGCCCAGCAAAUGGAAAAACUAGCAGAGUUGGAGUUGUGUCGCCGGCUGUACAAGCUGCACUUCCAGCUACUGCUGCUCUUCCAGGCCUACUGUAAACUCAUCAGUCUUGUGGACACCAUCAAGGGAGAUGCUGAGGUGACCAACAUGUCGGAAGAGCUGGCCAUGCUGGAGAGCUGUCUGAAGCAGGCAGAGACUGGAGUUGAUGGACAGGAGGAAAUGGGUGUCUCUGAUGCCUCCCAGACCAGCACCGAGUCAGCCAUCCAAUCACUGAUUGAGAGCCUGAGGGCCAGAGACUUUGGCUCGGCCCUCACACAGGUCAAAACCUUCAGGUCUCUGUGGCCCAAUGACAUAUUUGGGAAUGAGUCAGACGACGCAGUCCAGACUCUACUGCACAUCUACUUCCGUCACCAGACACUGGGCCAGACGGGCUGCCUGGCUGUGGUGGGACCCAGCAGGGACCUGUCCCAGGCCAGUGGCCGUCUCAUGGAGCUCAACCUGCAGAUCAGAGAGGCUCUGAGUCAGGCCUGCCAGCUCCCCCAGACCACUGUAGUCAGCACUGGACUAUGAGGCUCCAGGCACCCAGCUUGGCUUGGGCUGGACUAGAGCCAACAUCCCCUGUACCACUCAGGGCUCCCGUCAGCUCAGUGUUGGGGAGAAAAGGACAAACUCCACCUAUAAGGGCUAAAGGGUGUGGGAAUAUAUGUGACUCUUAUUAAUAUAUAUAUGACUUAAUACUUAGAAAGCUAAUAUGUUUUCCCGGAAUAACCAACUUGCAAAAUUCUGCUGCAAUAAGUUGUGGUGUUAUGUGACUGGUGAAGACUGGUCCCGAAGUCAGACGGAGGCAGGGGAUGAUGAUGCUAAACUGGAAGUGUUUUGGCGGAAAUGACCUGGCGGGCCUCCCUAUUGGCCAGUGGCCUCCUCAGACCCUCUCAGGACUCUGGAUGGGGCCUGAGGUCUGGUCAGGGAGACAAUCUGGUGUGUUCUUGUAGCAGAAGAGUUGGAGCAUGGGAGAGACUUGGGUGUCCGUCCGGAAGGAAACCGGAUGGACUCUUGAAAGUCCCUGUCAAGAAGCCUAAACAAAUACUAAGACAAAAAAAAGCAUGCUUAAAAGAGGAGAGCACUGCAAGAAUAUUUUUUUUGAGAAAUCGCCUAUUUUUUAUUAGAGCUAACAUCCUAGAUUGUAAAUGUUAGGAUAUUUAACGUCUAAUUGGAACCCUGGGGGAGAGGUCGUUUCCCCCACCCCCACGGGGGACUGUAGAAAGAGAAAUCUAUCCGUUUAAUGAUCUGCAUCAAGUUUAUUGACCUGCACUGAAGACCAGCAUCAUCUUCAAUAGGUCAUCUAAUGAAACUCACUCUGUAACCAAAUAAGUAGCUGCCUGUAGAGACUGUAGUCUGUGUGCUAUAAAUUGGAUAUUCUUGUAUACACAUUGCGUGCACACAUACAAACACACACAUACACACGCAGACUGGCUACAACUCAUUAUGAAAACAUCAGUAACUUAUUUUACUCUGUAUAUAUUUUAGAAAAUGUAUAGUGUAAAACCAGUAUUUUUCUCUUGUACUUUUGUGUAAUGCACUGUUUAUUGGGGUAGUCUGUAUAAAGCUAAUGGAAUAGACAGUCACUAAGGACUCGCUCCACUAUCCUUUCACACAAACUUUAUUUCCUGAAAACUGGCCUGCCUGGUGGGGGUCGCGGUCCAAAUGCUUAGAGGUCAGACGUCAUUGGAACUGGUUAAAGGGGCUUGCUAGGAUAGAUUCUGCUUCCUGUUGGACCGCCACAGCCCAGCCAAGCCCAGUCAUAUGCAUUCCUUCUCUCCACUGUGAUCUCUUGGUGUCGGCCCGGCACAGGAUACGCUAAAAAGCCUUAUGAGGGGAAACCGAGGCCUGUGUUGGUCCACGUUAGCUGAUUCAAGCGGCUGAUUGUGUGCCACGGCCCUGUGUUCUGAGUGGAAACUGCUGCCAUUAAGGCUCUGCUUUUGCUUCUGAAAAGGCACUGCUCGCUGCCUGUGGAACUGCAGAACAUGAACUUGAUGUCUGAAACCGUCGCAGAAAACUUGUCAUGGCACAUUGUGAACGAUCACUGUACUCAUUCCUCACAGAGACCUUGUCUGUUGCUUGUCUGGUACAUUUGAAUGCUGUUCUUAAUUAUUUAAUGGAUAUAUUAUUUACCUGAAAAAUAGUUUUUAUUUAGAGAAGCAUUACCGUUCUUUUUUUUUUUUUUUGUCAUCUCACAUACCAGCCUUUUCCUCUCUGGAUAAAUAAAAACCUGAUCAUA